GGAGCCACCGAAUACCAAGGUUCACUCCCCAUUUCUCGUCUGCGCUAGAUUUUCUGAACCCAUUUCUGUCUCGUAACCUUGAUAUCUAGCUAUGUAAGGAAAGGUAGUGGCUUUCUGCUUUCCUAGAGACUCAAAGGUCCAAUUGGUUUACACCAAUGAGGCUAAUGCAGCAUCGGGGAUGGCUGUGCAUGAUGACUGCAAGCUGAAGUUUCUGGAGUUGAAGGCUAAAAGGACUUACCGUUUCAUUGUAUUUAAGAUUGAGGAGAAGCAAAAGCAGGUGGUGGUAGAAAAAGUUGGGGAGCCAACUCAAAGCUACGAGGAGUUCGCUGCAAGUCUUCCAGCUGAUGAGUGUCGAUAUGCUGUUUUUGAUUUUGACUUUGUCACUGCAGAAAACUGCCAAAAAAGCAGGAUUUUCUUCAUUGCAUGGUCCCCUGAUACAUCAAGGGUGAGGAGCAAGAUGAUCUAUGCAAGCUCCAAGGACAGGUUCAAGAGAGAACUGGAUGGUAUUCAAAUAGAGCUGCAGGCCACCGAUCCAACUGAGAUGGGUCUUGAUGUUUUUAGAAGCCGUGCCAACUAAGAUUUUUCUUGAGUCUCGCAUGGCGAUUUGUCUCUGCUCUCGGUGUUCUUUUAAGUGAAAAUGUUAAUACCAUGUGGGGCCAUGAACCUGAGUUAUCAUAUUGGUUUGUUGUUCAAGUUUUACCUUACGGUCUGGCCUUCAACUAGAACCAAAUUUCAAUGAUUCCAAUCAAUAUCGUGUAUGAUUUGUUGUGUGGAACUGAAGCAAUGAAUGUGUCCUUGUAGUUGUUAUAUCUACAAGCCAAGAUUUAUAUCAUCUUGGGAUUAGAGAAGCACUCUUGCUUGUUUUUUGAGACCUCAAAUGGAUUUUUGACCCGUCUAGCCCUGCUGGAGGUGGACUGCGGUUCAAUACUGUUUAGAUUGCUGGUGUAGUCGAUUUGGAACUUAUGCAAGAUUUGUUAUCAAGUAUAUCUGAGACUAGUUUGUUC